GACGGCAGGGACAACCAGAGACCGGCUGACAAGAUUUGAGUAGGCUGGUGCACGGUGACUGUCGACAUGUUGGGGGCUGCACAUAGAGCUUGUUCGUCAUUAUUAAAGGUUGCAAAACCUGCUGUUACCGCUUCUAAAAUACAAGGAACUGCCAUCAAGACAGCACCUGCGCUAUUUACCACCCAGCGUGACUAUGCUGCUAAGGCAGCAGGAGGCUCUAAGGAUGGCAAAAUUGUAGCCGUCAUUGGUGCUGUGGUGGAUGUGCAGUUUGAUACCAACCUCCCUUCCAUCCUCAAUGCUUUGGAGGUGCAGAACCGCUCUCCCAGGCUGGUGCUUGAAGUUGCCCAACACUUGGGGGAGAACACAGUGCGCUGUAUUGCCAUGGAUGGUACCGAGGGUCUUGUGCGUGGACAAGCUGUCCAUGAUAUUGGCUCUCCCAUCAGAAUUCCUGUAGGACCUGCCACUCUAGGCAGGAUCAUCAAUGUUAUUGGCGAGCCCAUUGAUGAGCGCGGCCCCGUCGUGACUGAUCACUACGCUGCUAUCCACGCCGAGGCUCCUGAUUUCGUGGAGAUGAGCGUUGAGCAGGAGAUCCUGGUGACUGGCAUCAAGGUUGUGGAUCUGCUGGCUCCUUACUCCAAGGGUGGAAAGAUUGGUCUGUUCGGCGGUGCUGGUGUGGGCAAGACUGUGCUCAUCAUGGAGCUGAUCAACAACGUGGCCAAGGCCCACGGUGGUUACUCUGUGUUCGCCGGCGUGGGAGAGAGGACCCGUGAGGGUAACGAUCUCUACCAUGAGAUGAUUGAAGGCGGUGUCAUAUCUCUCAAGGAUGAUACCUCAAAGGUAUCGCUUGUGUACGGCCAGAUGAACGAGCCUCCCGGCGCCCGUGCUCGUGUUGCUCUCACCGGCCUCACCGUCGCCGAAUACUUCCGUGAUCAGGAGGGUCAGGAUGUGCUGCUCUUCAUUUCUAAGAAUUUCACGUUUUCACAGGCUGGUUCUGAGGUGUCUGCCUUGCUGGGUCGAAUCCCAUCUGCUGUAGGUUACCAGCCCACGCUGGCCACCGACAUGGGUAGCAUGCAGGAGCGCAUCACCACCACCAAGAAGGGAUCCAUCACCUCUGUGCAGGCCAUCUAUGUGCCCGCUGAUGACUUGACUGAUCCUGCACCCGCUACGACCUUCGCCCAUCUUGACGCCACGACUGUGUUGUCCCGCGGUAUUGCCGAGCUGGGUAUCUAUCCCGCAGUGGAUCCCCUUGACAGCACCUCCCGUAUCAUGGACCCUAACAUCAUCGGCGCUGACCAUUAUGAAGUAGCCCGUGGUGUGCAGAAGAUUCUUCAGGACUACAAGUCACUGCAGGACAUCAUCGCUAUCUUGGGUAUGGACGAGUUGUCCGAGGAGGACAAGAUGACCGUGUCACGCGCCCGCAAGAUCCAGCGCUUCCUCUCGCAGCCUUUCCAGGUCGCUGAGGUCUUCACGGGACAUCCCGGCAAAUUUGUCUCUCUCCCAGAGACCAUCAAGGGAUUCAAAGCCAUCCUGGCAGGCGACUAUGAUAUCUAUCCAGAGGCCGCAUUCUACAUGGUAGGCGCCAUCGAAGAUGUUGUCGCGAAGGCUGAAGUGCUUGCUGCCCAAGCGAGCUAAGUCACACGAGUUGUUGCCGUCAUUGCACUUCACUAGCUCCCAUACGUAGACAAGAAUUAAAUAUUUAUGUUCAAUCUAUUCAAUAAUAAAGGGUAUUUCAAAAAAGAUGAGUGUUUAGAACCAAAAUAACUAUCUCUUCUCUUGCUGUUUGAUUUAUGGCAAUACAGAUAGCAACCCAGCAGGGUUAGUUGUCUACUUUAUUGUACAGUUCCAGUGAAGUGUAAAUUUAUAAUAAAAGAAUUAUAAAUUC